AUGGUUCGCAUUGAAAAUAUAGAUCUAGUUGAAUGCAUUUGUGAUCCGGCAUGGACUGGAGAUUAUUGUACAUCAGAUUUUGAUGCAUGUGCUGAUCAACCCUGUUUCGAAAAUAUAACAUGUACAGAUAAUCUGGCGCCGCAAGCUGGCUACACUUGUAGUCAUUGUCCUAUAGGUUAUAUUGUCGAUGGACGAAAAUGUUACGACUUAAAUGAAUGUGAAAAUGGAACCCAUCAGUGUAAUCAAACAUGUAUCAACGAAGAUGGAAGUUAUAGUUGCCAAUGUCUACCUGGAUAUCAGCUGGAUAACGAUAAGAAAGGCUGUACUGACAUUGAUGAAUGCACAUUCGGAAAUGCCAAUUGCAGUUAUCUUGCGAUAUGUAUUAAUCAACCCGGUUUAUAUGAAUGCAUUUGUAAACUAGGUUACCAAGGUAACGGAUAUACUUGCUUCGAUAUCGACGAAUGUAAUAUAACUAAUGGAAAUUGCGAUCAUUUAUGUAAUAAUACAGAAGGCAACUACACCUGCUCAUGCAAUAGUGGCUACGAGUUGAGUAAUGAUCAGCAUACAUGCGUUGAUAUCGACGAAUGCAAUCGCUAUAACCCCUGCGAUCAACAAUGUAUUAACACUAUAGGAUCAUACUCUUGUCAAUGUUAUCAAGGCUUCCAAUUAAACAGCGACGGUUUUACUUGUAAUAAUACAAAUCCAUGCUCACCAGGUCAUAAUUGCUCACAAAUUUAUGAAUGCGAUGCAAGUCCAUCACCUUGUUAUCAUCAAUGCACUAACACCAUGGGCAAUUAUACUUGUAAUUGUCUAGCAGGUUAUAAAUUUAGAGUAGAUGGUUGGACCUGUGAAGAUAUUAAUGAAUGCGCCACUGGAGUCGAUACAUGUUCGAUUAACGCAAUAUCUAACUGUAGUAAUACCAAUGGAUCUUACAGAUGUCAAUGCAAUGAAGGUUUUAUAGGUAAUGGAUUGGUAUGUACGGACGUCAACGAAUGCACACUUAACAGCAAUGUUUGUUCAGCUAAUAGUCGUUGCUUUAAUAAUAUUGGAUCGUAUACGUGCUCUUGUUAUCCUGGAUAUACUGGAAAUGGUAAAACGUGUUCUGACAUCAAUGAAUGUUCGCUUGGAUUACACAACUGCUCCAUUCAUAGCAAAUGUGUCAAUAAUAAUGGAUCUUAUACUUGUUUCUGUAACUCUGGCUAUACAGGAACCGGAUUCAUAUGUGAAGAUAUUAAUGAAUGUUUUACGAAUAAUUAUAAUCAAUGCCACACUAAUGCUAAUUGUAUUAAUAAUGUAGGAUCCUAUCUAUGCAAAUGCAAGUUAGGAUAUACCGGUAAUGGAAAAUCGUGCGUUGACGAAAACGAAUGUUCGUCAUCGCAUCAUAACUGUUCUAGUUUUGCACAGUGCAUUAACACUAUGGGAUCGUAUCAAUGUCAGUGCAGAUCUGGAUAUAACGGCGAUGGUUAUACUUGUCAUGAUACCAACGAAUGCAAUUCUACUACUACUACAAAUAAAUGUGUUGAUAACUCUACCUGCCUCAACGUUAAUGGUUCUUACAUAUGUAAGUGUGAUCCUGGA